AGAAAGUGUAUGAAGAUAUUAGCACUAAAAAUAUCGUACUUUUUUUUCCCCAUAUUCAACUCGCUUUGGAGAAGACUGAAAGACCCAAACACCCAAAAAGAAAAACAGAAGGAAAGAGGCGAAUGAAUUCUUCUUGCUUAGGAAGAAAGCCGAGAACAAUGGCUACCUCAUUGUCAUUACCUAAAAAUACCAUCACCGACAUCCUCUCUAGAUUACCCGUCAAAUCCCUAACCCGAUUCAAAUCCGUUUCCAAAAACUGGGCCCACCUCACUUCUACCCCUGCUUUCGUAGCCGCCCAUCUCCGCCGCUCUUCUCCCAACCCAUCUCUUCUCAUCCGCCGCUACCAUACCCAAUCAGGUUGGGACUGCGAGAUGCUGAUCACUAACCCCACUCAAAAUUACGGCACCCAGCUCUUGCGUAUUCCCUUGGAAGAAUCACUUCCUCGGUUUCCGAAAAUCGUCGGUUCCGUCGAUGGUUUGGUUUGUCUCGAUGUUUCCCCUUGUUAUGCUUCUGAUUUCGUAUUGUGGAACCCUGGUACUAAGCAAUUUAAACGCCUCCCUUUUCCUUUGAUUAGUUCCUCCAGGAGUAACCCUAUUUGGUUGGUCUUUCUUGGGUUCGGCUUUGAUUCUUUCAACAAUGAUUAUAAACUAGUCAGGAUCGUUUCUUUUAGAGGAAAUGAUGCGUCGUCUUCUCUAAGGGUUGAAGUUUAUUCAUGGAGGGAAGGGGUUUGGAAAGAAAUAAACGAAAGUUUCAAGUUAGGUUUGCUAUGUGGAGGACAGGAUGGAGUGGUUGUUGAUGGUAGUUUGAAUUGGGCAGCCAUUGGAUUACAAAGUUUCGCCGAUCGAAAGGUUCUUAUUUCUUUUGAUAUGGGAAGAGAGGUGUUUAAGACAAUACCAUUGCCACCCGUUACUCGAUAUGGUAAUGUUAAGGUUAUGUCUUACAUGGGAUCAUUGGCCAUUGCUGUAUAUCCAUUAGUUUUUGCUGCUAAUGGUAAUAAUAUUAAUCGGUUCGAGUUUUGGGUAAUGAGUGAUCGUGAAGAUGGGGUGAAAGAUUGGACUAAAAUGGUUGUGGUUGAGAAUUUUUCCAAGUCUUUGGUUCCAAUGGGGACUUGGAGAGAUCGUGAACUGGUGAUUAAGCAUAUGGGAGGUAGAGAUAGAGAGAAUCAGCCGAGUCUUUUGUUGUUCGAUCCAGUUGAUGAAGGAACUAAAAGGCUUUCAGUUGAUUGUGUUGAAUUCUGUUUACAAGGUUACAGUUAUGUGGAGAGCUUGGUGCCAGUCCAUGGAAGAAGCUAAGAUGGUAGAGGAGCAAAAGCAUUCCCAAAGUUAGGUCGGUUUGGUUGUUUUCAACUUGCUUAGGCUUUUAAUUUUAGUAGGUAUAAAUUGGUAAAGACUUUAGUUGAAGUAUCUUUUUGUUUUAUAAAUGAACAUGGAUGGCUAUUGAGUUUAUAAUGUUGCUUUCUGACUUCAAUUUUUGGUAUAAUACAUGGUGAACUUAGCAAUGGACAAGAAUGAGUUUCUCUUUUCUAUAUUUAUAUAUAUGUUUUCUGAUGAGAGGCCUUACAUUAUACAUGCUUAUGUGGCGAUUUCCUCCUUUCAUUCUUUCCCACUCAUUCCCAAAGGGAGAAGAAACUGGAUUUCAGACCCUGUUGUGGUGUGGCAGAAUCGGAGAACUAUCAUCGUAUCACAUUGGGUAUUGAGCUAUUCCUUCCUGUAGCUAUUCAGAGCAUGUUGGUUUUGGCUUAUGGAAAUGUUACAUAGCCAAUGCCCCCAUUGCCCACUCUCUUGGAUGAUGGCACAGGAAAACCUUGCAUUUUCUUGAGUAUGUGUAGCAGUGGCCACGGACUAUUGGAGAAUGGUUAUCUAUCCUAAUGGGCAGCACUAGCAAGACAGAGUAACUAAACCUCCUCAAUAGCUUUGAGGUUUGAGCUGCCUCUUCAUAAUUAUCUUGGAGCAUAAAGUUUUGGCAGGGGAGGGAAACGAAGCCUUCUUUUCUGCUAAAAACCUGCCUUCCCUAUACUAUUUUUUUCAUAUGAUUAGUAGAUUGUGAUUUCAUUGUGAAAUGUCUCUGGGUCUCUGGCUCUGUCAUCUGAUAUCUGUCUUUCUUGUAAAUCCUUUCCUCUUCUUUUGCUACUAACUCUGCCUUCAGUCACUGCCACUGGCUUCUCCUUGCAUUACGAUGAAGAAACUCUAAUCCUAUGUAAUCCCGACACACCCUUCGACUCCCAUUUAAGUUAAUUCAAACUUUUCUUGCAGUGGCCUCCUCAUCUUUCUCUCUUAACUUUGAUUCUGCUUUAAUCUAAUUCAAUCCCAUGACAAGACAGUUAAGACAUCCGCCUCAGCUCGUAAGCAAGCUUUGAGCAUUGCACGAGCUACUAUUGCCACAAUUUUAGCGUAAAGCCAACUUUCAUUUUCCAUUGUUCAGCAAAAAUCUCAACUUCCUAGUGUUUUUGUCUCAUCUAGAAGUCAGAAUACUCUGCAAGCAUAGUUGUUUGCUCUUUGACUCAUGAGAUCAUUGCUUUCAAUAAUAUAUCUAAUUCUAUCUCUCUCCUUUUUAGGGUUCUUGGGUUUACUGUUCUUUAUUUCUUUGCGAUAAUGGACCAAAGAAGCAAUCUCCCCUUUUAUGAAGACCGUUGUUAGUUCACUUGAACUUGAUUCUUACUUCAAUUUUGAGGGAACUUUCCAUGAAACUACUACAAAUGCAAAAAGAUGGAAUAUUCCUUACCAGAGCUCUAUUUCUGAGAAAGCUAGCGGCUUACUUACUGGACAAUCUCAGAAGUUUUCUUCUCUCACCCUAGUAGGAUAGGGAACCUUUAGGCUUUAUACUAUUUUGUCAAUGUUUUGCAUCUCUAGCUGUCAGUUUAAGAUAUAAGGAAACAUUAAGAAUUUAGAAAACCAAGUAAGUGAUUACUACUCACUCUAGUUAUAUGAUUUAUGAAGCCAGUAUUCAGUUAUGCAUUAGUUCUAAUUGUUUUUCAAAGUAUCUACCAUGUCUGAAAAUUUCAUUAGUUCCAAAAUGAACUAAAAGCGAAUCAAUUUCUGC